AUCCCCUCCCUGCAGGCGGGUGCACUGGAGGCGGGGGCUUGGCCCGUGUUUCCUCCUGGGGGGUGGGGAGCCGGAGAACUCGGUGUCUCUGAGCGGAGGGAGUUGAAUCUGCAACACCCCCACCCCUAGCUGAGGCCUGCGUCAGGGGCUUUGUUAUUUUACUGGCUUAAGGCCCACACCUGAAGCAGGGAAGAUGAAAAGCCCCUAAAAUAAAGCCGUGUGGGUGCGGAGGGCCCCCUCAAGCCCCCCAGUUUCCCGAGGCAAAUGGGGCCGGUUCGCGGGGUGGCGGGGAGAGCAGCCCCCGGUCCGCCCUCAGCGCGGCCUUGGCUGUGGCCUCUGCCCGCCAGGACAUCCUCCCAACGGCCCGGCGGACCUAGGCCUUCGGCCUGGCCGCAGCCCGAGUUCAACCUCAGCUUUCUCGGGGCCCAGGCGCUGGUCCUAAAGUGGAGCCACUGGAAGCCCACACCGCAGGCAGCCGGAGUCCGAGUUUCACCGGGAUCUAUGUCUAAGUUCUAACUCUUGCUUACAAAGACCACGAUAAUUCCUUCCCCAAAGCCCAGCAGCCCCCCAGCCCCACGCAGCCCCAGCCUGCCUCCCACCGCCCAGCUGCCCGCGAUGCCCUCCAGCGGCCCCGGGGACACCAGCAGCUCCGCUCCGGAGCGGGAGGAGGACCGCAAGGAGGGAGAAGAGCAGGACGGAGCUCGUGGCAAGGAGGAGCGGCAGGAACCCGGCACCACCGCUCGGAAGGUGGGGCGGCCUGGGCGGAAGCGCAAGCACCCCCCGGUGGAAAGCAGUGACACGCCAAAGGACCCCGCAGUGACCUCCAAGUCCCCGUCCAUGGCCCAGGACUCAGGCCCCUCAGAGCUGUUACCCAACGGGGACUUGGAGAAGCGGAGUGAGCCCCAGCCAGAGGAGGGGAGCCCCGCUGGAGGGCAGAAGGGCGGGGCCCCAGCAGAGGGAGAGGGUGCGGCUGAGACCCCGCCCGAAGCCUCCAGAGCCGUGGAGAAUGGCUGCUGCACCCCCAAGGAUGGCCGAGGAGCCCCCGCAGAAGAGAGCAAAGAACAGAAGGAGACCAACAUCGAAUCCAUGAAAAUGGAGGGCUCCCGGGGCCGGCUGCGGGGUGGCUUGGGCUGGGAGUCCAGCCUCCGCCAGCGGCCCAUGCCGCGCCUCACCUUCCAGGCGGGGGACCCCUACUACAUCAGCAAGCGCAAGCGGGACGAGUGGCUGGCACGCUGGAAAAGGGAGGCUGAGAAGAAAGCCAAGGUGAUUGCAGUAAUGAAUGCUGUGGAGGAAAACCAGGGGUCUGGCGAGUCUCAGAAGGUGGAGGAGGCCAGCCCUCCCGCGGUGCAGCAGCCCACCGACCCUGCCUCCCCCACCGUGGCCACCACACCUGAGCCCGUGGGGGCAGACGCGGGGGACAAGAACACCACCAAAGCAGCCGACGAUGAGCCGGAGUACGAGGACGGCCGGGGCUUUGGCAUUGGGGAGCUGGUGUGGGGGAAACUUCGGGGCUUCUCCUGGUGGCCAGGCCGCAUUGUGUCUUGGUGGAUGACGGGCCGGAGCCGAGCAGCUGAAGGCACCCGCUGGGUCAUGUGGUUUGGAGACGGCAAGUUCUCGGUGGUGUGCGUUGAGAAGCUGAUGCCGCUGAGCUCCUUCUGCAGUGCUUUCCACCAGGCCACCUACAACAAGCAGCCCAUGUACCGCAAAGCCAUCUACGAAGUCCUGCAGGUGGCCAGUAGCCGCGCGGGGAAGCUGUUCCCGGCAUGCCAUGACAGCGACGAGAGUGACACAGCCAAGGCCGUGGAGGUGCAGAACAAACAGAUGAUCGAGUGGGCUCUCGGAGGGUUCCAGCCCUCUGGCCCCAAGGGCCUGGAGCCACCCGAAGAAGAGAAGAACCCCUACAAAGAAGUUUACACAGACAUGUGGGUCGAACCCGAGGCAGCUGCCUAUGCACCACCCCCACCCGCCAAAAAGCCCCGAAAGAGCACAACGGAGAAGCCUAAGGUCAAGGAGAUAAUUGAUGAACGCACAAGAGAGCGGCUGGUGUACGAGGUGCGGCAGAAGUGCCGGAACAUCGAGGACAUUUGCAUCUCUUGUGGGAGCCUCAACGUCACCCUGGAACACCCUCUCUUCAUCGGAGGAAUGUGCCAAAACUGUAAGAAUUGCUUCCUGGAGUGCGCGUACCAGUACGAUGAUGAUGGCUACCAAUCGUACUGCACCAUCUGCUGCGGGGGGCGCGAGGUGCUCAUGUGCGGGAACAACAACUGUUGCAGGUGCUUCUGUGUGGAGUGCGUGGACCUCUUGGUGGGGCCGGGGGCUGCCCAGGCAGCCAUCAAGGAGGACCCCUGGAACUGCUACAUGUGUGGGCACAAGGGCACCUACGGGCUGCUGCGACGGCGGGACGACUGGCCCUCGCGGCUCCAGAUGUUCUUCGCCAAUAACCACGACCAGGAAUUUGACCCUCCGAAGGUGUACCCACCUGUCCCAGCCGAGAAGAGGAAGCCCAUCCGGGUGCUGUCUCUAUUUGACGGAAUUGCUACAGGGCUUCUGGUGCUGAAGGACUUGGGAAUUCAGGUGGACCGCUACAUCGCCUCAGAGGUGUGUGAGGACUCCAUCACGGUGGGCAUGGUGCGGCACCAGGGGAAGAUCAUGUACGUCGGCGACGUCCGCAGCGUCACACAGAAGCAUAUCCAGGAGUGGGGCCCAUUCGAUCUGGUGAUUGGGGGCAGUCCUUGCAAUGAUCUCUCCAUCGUCAACCCUGCCCGUAAAGGACUCUACGAGGGCACUGGCCGGCUCUUCUUUGAGUUCUACCGCCUCCUGCAUGAUGCGCGGCCCAAGGAGGGAGAUGACCGCCCCUUCUUCUGGCUCUUUGAGAAUGUGGUGGCCAUGGGCGUUAGUGACAAGAGGGACAUCUCGCGAUUUCUCGAGUCCAACCCUGUGAUGAUUGAUGCCAAAGAAGUGUCAGCUGCACACAGGGCCCGCUACUUCUGGGGGAACCUUCCUGGUAUGAACAGGCCGUUGGCAUCCACUGUGAAUGAUAAGCUGGAGCUGCAGGAGUGUCUGGAGCACGGCAGAAUAGCCAAGUUCAGCAAAGUGCGGACCAUUACUACUAGGUCGAAUUCCAUAAAGCAGGGCAAAGACCAGCAUUUCCCCGUCUUCAUGAAUGAGAAAGAGGACAUCUUAUGGUGCACUGAAAUGGAAAGGGUGUUUGGCUUCCCUGUCCACUAUACCGACGUCUCCAACAUGAGCCGCUUGGCGAGGCAGAGACUGCUGGGCCGGUCGUGGAGCGUGCCGGUCAUCCGCCACCUCUUCGCUCCGCUGAAGGAAUAUUUUGCUUGUGUUACUUGGUCUGAUGAUAGCUGGGCUCUCACCCGAGCCGGCAGCACCUGGAGCCCCAAGGGCACGGACACUUGGUUCCACCUCCUACCGAGGCAGGCGUUGGCGGUAGGCAGGGCCAGCAUCGGUGGCUCCAGGGUAGACUCUCAAUCCCAGAAGUUGCUAGGUGCUGAAGGCGGGAAGAGGAGGUUUUAUCCCCGCAGGUGCUCUCCUCUAGCAGACCUCAGAACCUUCCUGCUAUUGAACAUUCUUCUAGAAAGCAAACUUCCCCAAAGAGCGUCCAGGACCUCUUAGCUUUUGAGACAGGCCUGGGAGUGGUUGGCUGGUGGAGAUGCCCGUGGGAGUCUUGGUGAGUCGCUAGGGUGUGGAUUGGGACAGGCAGACCGGGCAGCAGGGAAGGCUGCUGGACAUUGAACUGGUCUCUUGAGGGUCGGCUCCCCCUCCUCCCUGCUUCGCCGGUGGUUCUGGGAAAACCUAGAUGAGAAUGCCCACCGUCUCCAGCACAGGAAGGUCUGUUGCAGGAGCAAGGGAAGGAGCCAUCUGGGAAGCGUGUUCUCCAGGAAAACUGCAAUCCAGAGUCUUCCUGCGUUUGACGAUCUAGGUAUACAUAAAGUUGAUCUCAGAGGAGGUUUUGAAUUCCUGUCGCCAUUCUGCUUGGCCAGAGGUUGCUGUGGCUUUUGGAGCAGUCAUUUUUAGGAAACUUGCAGGAGUCCCCUCGAGCUGUGGAUUAGGGCCUUGGGGCCUCGCCUGGCGCUGUGAUCUAGAGAGGGCUAGUUGUUCCUUUUGGUCAGGGGAACAGCAGACCCAAGAUUCUGGCGAGAACAGAAUUUCCAGCCAGGCCCCAUUCUGAUCCCGGGAGGUGAGGGAUCUGAGUUUGUCUUCGGGCAUUGUCUAGUCUAGUUGCUCCCAGUGCUUGUGAUUAGAGGUGACAUCGGAGUUGUCCUUGGCAGGAGAGCUGAAGGCUUUCUUCCAGCACAGGAUGGGGGGGUGUUGUGGAGGCCUGGCCCGGAGCUAGCACAGCCUCCCGGCCUGACCCUGCUGAGGCAGGGAUUAA